AUCAGACCAAGAUAAUACAGCAGGUUAGCGCUUUGAGCCCAAUUUGGGCCAACGGCGUUGUCACUGCAUGACCGUGUACGUGGAGCCACGCGAACUUCAUCAGUGGCUGUGCUGCACACUUCAAUGCAUGGUGGCAGUCUUUCGCUUUCUUUUCCUUCCCUUCAAUAAUGUGGCUGCCAUGGUCACUGCUGGCCUUGUCUACAUAUUAUUCCUUUAGCUUUGCUCUUUUAUCCACCAGACCGCAAUAUGACACUCACAACUACUAUGUCCUCGAGCACGAUCCCCGCAUUUCAUCGCUGGACGAUGUAUCACACCUCCUCCAAGUCCAAGUCGUGGAGCCUAUAAAAGACCUCGAGAAUAUUUGGUUGGUUAGAUCAGAGAGAAGUGAGCAACAGUUGAAUAGCAGGGUGGUCGGCGGGGACCAUGUUCUCCAGAGGUAUAAGCAGCUCCGCCGUGCUGCCGGGGAUUCGUCAGUGUCACGUCGGUCGAGUACGGUGUCUUCUGUGCGACAUCUGUCGCGACAAGAGCCUCGCCAGCGUGUUAAGCGAGCACCACCAGCUGUCAGACCACCUCUAGAGACUUCUGCCCGGAACGUUGCCAAGCGUCUAGGCAUACAGGAUCCGCUCUUUGACCAGCAAUGGCAUCUGGUAAACGACGAACACCCAGAGCAUAUGAUGAAUGUUGUACCAGUGUGGGAUAUGGGGAUCACAGGCAAGGGCGUCAUUACUUCUCUCGUGGACGAUGGAUUGGACUAUGACCAUGAUGACUUGAAAGACAAUUUCGAUGCGCUCAACUCGUAUGACUUCAACGACCAUCAAGACCUUCCUACACCAAAACUUAUAGAUGAUCAUCAUGGUACGCGGUGCGCCGGACAAGUUGCUGCGGGGAAGAACAAUGCAUGUGGUCUCGGUAUUGCUUAUGAUGCCAAGGUCGCCGGCGUUCGUAUCUUAUCUGGACCGAUUUCCGACGUCGACGAAGCAAAGGCGCUCAACUACGGCUACCAAAAUGUAUCCAUAUACAGCUGCAGUUGGGGACCUCCAGACAACGGCCAGGCCAUGGAAGGGCCUUCCUACCUCAUUCAGAAGGCGGUGGUCAACGGUAUCAACAAGGGCAGAAAUGGCAAAGGCUCUAUCUUUGUUUUUGCUAGUGGCAACGGUGCAGAUCAUGGCGACCAGUGCAAUUUCGAUGGUUAUACGAACAGUAUCUAUUCGGUCACUGUGUCUGCCAUCGACUUCAUGGGACUCCAUCCAUAUUACUCAGAGCCCUGUGCAGCGAACAUGAUCGUUGCUUAUAGUUCAGGGUCGGGGAAGCACAUAGUGACUACCGACAAAGGUCAAGGAAAGUGUGCAACUAGCCAUGGAGGGACCUCAGCUGCCGCGCCAAAUGCGGCAGGAGUGUUUACUCUUGCUAUAGAAGCCAGACCCGACUUAACCUGGCGUGACAUCCAACACCUUUGUGUUGAGACAGCACGCAUGGUUAACGAAGACGACGAAGACUGGGAGACAACAGCAACAGGACGCAAAUAUAGCUAUAAAUAUGGCUACGGCGCGUUGGACGCAUACCUCUAUGUCAAGGCCGCACAGGAAUGGGAGCUAGUGAAGCCACAAGCGUGGAUUAAGACACAUACCGUGCAGUUGGAAAACGGUACGAUGGAAGAAGAAGGCAAAUAUUCUGGAGGCCAGUUUAUCGGCGAGGGUGGAGUGACUAGCACAAUCACGGUAACGGAGGACAUGGUGCAACAACACAAUUUUGAGAAGCUCGAGCACAUUGACGUCAAAGUCUGGAUUUCUCAUCGUCGCCGGGGUGAUGUUGAAGUAGAGAUAGUGAGCCCGAAUGGAAUUAAAAGUAUACUGGGAGGUAAGCGCAAGAAAGAUACAGAUCACACAGGAUACCCAGGAUGGAGAUUUAUGACCAUAAAGCAUUGGGGAGAAAAUCCCAUUGGCCAUUGGACGAUCAGGGUUUCUGACCAAGGGAACCCUGAGAACAACGGUAGUUUCCUGGGCUGGAAUAUGAUGUUCUGGGGUUCCGCCAAGGAUGUAGCUCUAGCAACGCCUUAUGAGCUUCCACCAGAAGUGACCGCGUUUCCCCCCACUGAGGAUCCAGACGCCGAUCUUCCUCCUACGACCACAAAAAUUUACGAUAAGCCUACCGUUCCGCCGCAGUCAUCUCCGACAUCUACUAUAUCCGAAAGUGCUAGUGCCUCGAGCACUCCGACAGUCGAUGAAGGCUGGUUCAAUAGCCUGUCGAACCUUGUGUCGCAUCCCAAAUGGUUCUUUGGCGCUAUCGGGGCUGUGGCCAUCUUUGGCAUCGGUGCUCUGAUAUUCUUAUGGCGGCGUAGGCGUGCGGCGCGCAGAGCCAGGCAUGCCGAUUACUCUACCAUCCCAGGUAACGAAGAGCUACAGAUGAGCACAGUUGGGUCAACAUCACAACGGCCACGGACAACCAAAGAAUUAUAUGAUGCGUUCGGGGAGGUGUCGGAUGACGAGGACGCCGAUGAGGAGACGCAUUUGCGUGGAGGGCACCCAUUAUCUGAAGGAAUCGGGUUCCAUUCCGGUUUCCUGGAUGAUGAAGAGCCUGAAUCUGCUGGUGGGUCGGGGCCCCAACAACAGUACCGCGACAAUCCUGAAGACGAGAGUCGAGUUGACGUAACAGAGAAGGAAAGGAAGCCUUCUCCUGAAAGAUCUGCAUCCACCAGUCCGAGUCUUAGCGGGGAUGGUAGUUGGCAACAUACCAGCGAAGUAUAAUAUGAUACCUUGAAUUGCCCACGCCAGAAAACAUACUUACGCAUAGAGGAUCAUGAUAUUGGUUUGCGUGUUAUUCAUUCACAGUGUCUCUCCGUUCUCUUGUCGUGAAACUAAUGGACCAUGUCCGU